AGCGCCGCCCCCACCUGGCUGCGGGAAGGGCGGGGCGAGGUACACCUGCCCUGGCUCUAGGUGGGCUGCCGGAGCCUCUUCCCUUUCCCAGCCGGCGGUGUCCCCCCUCCGCGCGGGGGCCGGGUCCGCCCCGCCCCUCCCCUCCCGCGCUCCCGGCCCUCCCAUUCCUCCCCGCCCCGCUGCCGCUUGCCGAGCGAUUUGUCCCGCUGCAGGGCGGGGAAGCGGCUGCGUCGCUGUAACCCGGCGGAGAGCCUGGGAUGCCGCUGCUGAGCCGCUCCCUGCACAGCCUGACUCCGGAUCCGCCAGCCAGGUUCUGAACGGUGCCUGAACAGAAGUUAAAGAGCCAAGAGCUGCCCUCGGAGACAGGCUGCAGAAUAAUUAGUCACCAUGACGACAGAGACAGGCCCAGACUCAGAGGUGAAGAAUGCCCAGGAGGAGCCCCCACAGCAGCAACUGGAGGCAGCGGCAACCAGUCCAACCACGGUGACCACCGGCCCUGGCCCGAUGGCCAACAACCGGGAAGCUGAGGCCAACGAGAAGCCGAGAGCCCAGGCCGACUCCAGAAGUGCGGAGCCGGGCAUGGAUUUGGAGGAGAAGGACUACAGUGAAACAGACGGGCUGUCUGAGAAAACCACGCCCAGCAAGACCCAGAAAUCCCCCCAGAAAAUUGCCAAGAAGCUCAAGAGCGCCAUCUGCAGGGUGACCCUACUCGACGCCUCUGAGUAUGAGUGUGAAGUGGAGAAACACGCCCGGGGCCAGGUGCUCUUCGACAUGGUGUGUGAGCACCUCAACCUCCUGGAGAAGGAUUACUUCGGCCUGACGUUCUGCGACUCCGACAGCCAGAAGAACUGGCUGGACCCUUCCAAGGAAAUCAAAAAGCAGAUCCGCAGUGGCCCCUGGAACUUUGCCUUCACUGUUAAAUUCUACCCACCCGACCCUGCCCAGCUCACAGAGGACAUCACAAGAUACUACCUGUGUCUGCAGCUGCGGGCUGACAUCAUCACGGGCCGCUUGCCGUGCUCCUUCGUCACGCACGCCCUGCUGGGCUCCUACGCCGUGCAGGCCGAGCUGGGAGACUACGAUGCUGAGGAGCACGUCGGCAACUACGUCAGCGAGCUGCACUUCGCACCCAACCAGACCAGAGAGCUGGAGGAGCGCAUCAUGGAGCUGCACAAGACCUACAGGGGCAUGACGCCGGGCGAAGCGGAGAUCCACUUCCUGGAGAAUGCCAAGAAGCUCUCCAUGUAUGGAGUCGACCUGCACCACGCCAAGGACUCAGAAGGUAUCGACAUCAUGCUGGGCGUCUGUGCCAACGGCCUGCUGAUCUACAGAGACAGGCUGAGGAUAAACCGCUUUGCCUGGCCCAAGAUCCUCAAGAUUUCCUACAAGAGGAGCAACUUCUACAUCAAAAUCCGCCCCGGCGAGUACGAGCAGUUCGAGAGCACCAUUGGCUUCAAGCUGCCCAACCACCGCUCUGCCAAGAGGCUCUGGAAGGUCUGCAUUGAGCAUCACACCUUCUUCAGGCUGGUGUCCCCAGAGCCGCCCCCAAAGGGCUUCCUGGUGAUGGGCUCUAAGUUCCGCUACAGCGGGCGGACGCAGGCCCAGACCCGCCAGGCCAGUGCCCUGAUCGACCGACCUGCGCCCUUCUUCGAGCGCUCCUCCAGCAAACGGUACACCAUGUCUCGCAGCCUCGAUGGAGAGUUCUCGCGCCCAGCCUCUGUCAGCGAGAACCACGACGGAGGGGUGGAGUCCGAGAGGCGGGACGAGGACAGCGAGUACGGCGGGUGGCGACGCUCCGAGGCGGAGGAUGAGGUUGAGGAAGUGACGACCCCGACCAAAAUCAAGGAGCUGAAGCCGGAGCAGGAAACCACCCCCAGGCACAAGCAGGAGUUUUUAGACAAACCAGAAGACGUUUUGCUAAAGCACCAGGCCAGCAUCAAUGAGCUGAAGAGGACGCUGAAGGAGCCCAACAGCAAGCUGGUUCACAGGGACCGGGACAGGAGGCUGCCUUCAUCACCAGCCUCUUCCUCACCCAAGAAUGAGGAUGAGACGCCAAAGGGGACCCCGGAGAAGGCCAGUGAGAGGAUUGAAGAGGAUUCCCUAGAGGAGUUUUCAGCCGAGCACGGAGCUGCCUUAUCCAUGGAGUCUUUCACCCAGAAAAGCCUUGCCUCUUCUCCUGAGAGCAAAUCUCAGGAACCAAUUUGGGAAGAAAAGGAUUUACCUGACCCAUCAAUAAAAGCCGCCCCGAAAGAAGAGGGUUUAAGGACUGCUAUUCCAGUGGUCUCCCAGAGAGCGGGAGCGAGGGAGGGCGCAGAGGAGAAAGCGAAGCCACCUCGGCACAGGGCUCCUGAGAGCGACACUGGGGAUGAGGAGCAAGACCAGGAGAGGGAUUCGGUCUUUCUGAAGGACAACCAUCUGGCCAUCGAACGAAAGUGCUCGAGCAUCACGGUCAGCUCGACCUCCAGCCUGGAAGCCGAAGUAGACUUCACUAUGAUCGGUGACUUCCACAGCACAGCCUUUGAAGACUUCUCCAGAAGUCUGCCUGAGCUCGAUAAAGACAUGAGUGAGAGGGAAGCUGAAGGUGCGAUUUCCUCCCAGGAUACUGACAAAGCAACUCCUGGCCAAGAAGAAGAUGCCAAGGAAGGGGAGCAGGGCUCCCACCAUAUCCCAGAAGUGUCCCACUUUGAGUCAUCCGUUCUGAAAACAGAGGCUGUGACUGUCAGCUCGGUGACUGGCACAAAGAAGGCAGAACCAGAGGUCUCCGUGCACCACAGAGUCACCACGGCGGAAACAACACAGGUCGACAGAGGCACCACGGGCGGAAAAGAGACAACAGCCACGUCCCACAUCGUCACCACAGAAAGCAUAUCAGUGACCUCAGAUCACAGUACCAAGCCUGGGAAGGGAAUGAGCCCUGCUACCGAACUUCGCUCCAUAUCUCCGAUCACCAGCAGCUCUGCUGGGAAGGAAGUUCUCACCAGCAUAUUUGGUGCCACCGCAGAAACCCUCUCCACCUCCACCACUACCCACGUUACCAAGACUGUGAAAGGAGGGUUUGCAGAGACCAGAAUAGAGAAGCGGAUCAUUAUUACGGGAGAUGAAGAUGUGGAUCAAGACCAGGCAUUAGCUUUGGCAAUCAAAGAGGCAAAACUACAGCACCCUGACAUGCUGGUAACCAAAGCUGUGGUAUAUAGAGAAACAGAACCAUCUCCAGAGGAAAGGGACAAGAAACCUCAGGAAUCUUGACCGCCGUGUUCACAGAAGUUGGCAUCUCUAUUCAAACCCAACUCGGAGAACAAUGAAGAAGGGGCCUUCCUGCUGGAUUCCUCAAUGAGACCUAGACGUCCUGGCUGCAACGUUAAUGGCGAGAGACAAAAUUUUUUAAAAAAGGAAUAGCAAAUAUAUAAUAUAUAUAUAUAUAUUAUAUAUAUAUAUACACAGGAAACAAAAUGCAUCCUUGCACUGCUGCUAUAUGCUGGAGGUGAAUUGCAAACAGCAACAUCAACAAUAACACACAAAACCAACCGCCUACUUUAGCCUUUGCAAACAAAUUGAAGAAUUGACUGGAUUCAUCAGAAAAACAAACAAAAAAUCAUGAUAAUAACAAUAAUAUUAUUAACAUACAAUAAACCGCCAUUUUGCAUGUUACAUUUAAAGGACACACAACUCAUGGGUUCAUUUGUUGCACACUGAAUGGAAAGGAAACGUGCUUUGCAACAAAGCAGCAAACAAAAAAACUCCAACAACCCACAAGCAGAUGCAAAACUAUUCCCCACCUAAGGAAAGAAGAGAGAGAACCAUUGAAUUGUUUGAUUACUUUGUAAUUAUUUUCUGCUUCAGGAUGUGUGGUGAUCAUCCCUCUUCCCAUUCCAUGCUAGUUCUGUUUCAUCAUUUUUUGGUUCUGUUCUUACUCCCCCCACUUGUCCUUCCUUCUCUUUCCUCUGUCCCCUUGUCCGGUCUCUUGUUCUGCUGAAGGUAAUAAGAACAGAUCUCAUUUAAAACAAAACAAAACCUAUAUGUAUAUGGUUUCUCAUUUAUAAAAAUGCAGUCUGUAGGGGUUUCAUAUGAAUGUGCUUUUAAGUUAUGUAUAUUAUAUAUAACUGGGGGUGUGGAGUGGGGGGUGGGAAACAAUAUUAAAAUAAUUAAACAGUGCUGGUAAGUUUGCUGAUGACAUUUUUAAAUUAUAAUUGUUUGGUUGACUGUGGUUGAUAUACUAUGAGAAUCUUAGCUCACACUGAUAUCCCACAAGAAGAGAACAGGGAACAUUUCAUUAGCUGCUGCUCUUUGGGGGGGUGGGAUGGGACGUUUGCCACUGAGUUGAUGCACUGUGGCAGGAGGGGUUGGUGUAGUGACACAGUGUAUGGUGUUUGUAAUUGGUUGGUUGGUGAUAAGGGAGUGCUCAGCAACAUGGAGGGGUGGGGGACUGGGAAAGAAGGAAUGGACUGCAUCCAUUUACCAUUACCAAAAUGUGCCAGACAGAAAUGUCUCCCCAUGCCCCCAAUCCAAAGAUGUUGAGGUUGUUUGGAGACUCAAGGUUAGACCGUUUGAUUCCCAUGCUUCCCGCCUCUAGCAGUCUUUGACUCCUCAGGUCUGGAGCCCUAGCAGCAGUAGAGGUAUCAUAUCAUACUUGUCAGCAGGUUCUUGAAAACCAGGCACCUGGGCUGAGUUAGGGAUGCAUACAGUGAUCCCCCCCUAACCCACUGGUCUAGACACUUGUUUCUAGCUUCAUUUCUGAACCUCAGCCCCAGCUUGAGAGCAAGUACCUCUCCAUAACAAGCUGUAUGUUUGCAUUUUGCCAGGGUGGCUGUAGGCUGUGCGACAGCUGCCCUGGCAGGAACAGGCGAAUGGCAGCUCCCGCAUGGUACUGUCUACUGAUACUCUGGCUUAGGGUUGACUCCUGUCCAUCGACAGUUGAUGAGGAAGAUACCAUGUGACAAACGUGCAGGGAAUAGCAGGUUUACAGGGCUGGAUAGAAUUGCCCAGUCAUCCAGAACUUAGAGGGCAGAUGCUGAUGAGGCAGUGGGAAGGCAGAGAGGCUGCUUUCCCCACGACUGGUCAGAACUUGGCACUUAGAUAAAGUUUUCCUCUGCUGCUGCCUAUGGAGUGGAGAUUUUGGGCCCAGUCUAGGACCUGAGGCACUGUGUGAGACAGGCAGUUAGGGCAGACUUAGAACCAAAAAAAGAAAAGAAAAGGAAAUGAACUGAUUUCCAAAUGGAAUUGUCACCUGAAACUACAGAAGGGUCCACAAACAUUGCACUAUCUUUGUCUUUAUUUCCCCACCCCACACUUAAUGCCUGGAGAGGAAGCACAUCUAGCUAGUCCCCAUGAUAGGAUCUGGGAAUCCUAUUGAAAAUGGACAACUUGAAUAUUUAGAAUCAGGUGGGCAUACCCCAUAUGAUCAAUUUCCUACCAUAGCAGGGAUUCCUGAGUCUCUGGUGGGCCUUGGUCUUUCCAGUUGGCUUCUGGGGGGGAGGGAUAGCUCAGUGGUUUGAGCAUUGGCCUGCUAAACCCAGGGUUAUAAGUUCAAUCCUUAAGGGGGCCAUUUAGGGAUCUGGGGCAAAAAUCUGUCUGGGGAUUGAUCCUGCUUUGAGCAGGGGGUUGGACUAGAUGACCUCCUGAGGUCCCUUCCAACCCUGAUAUUCUAUGAGACUGUGUCUCCAUGGAGUCUGUUCUCCUUUUGGCACACGGGUUUCUCUUGUAAGCAUUAAAGGGAUGAGCACUGGCUCCCUGACAAUAGCACUGAUUCAUGUGCUAGUGCCAGUGAGGGUCAUUUCAGGCUUCUGAUGAAUCCAAAUGUGUGGUGUUCUCCCUGGAUUCUACCUGAAAGUUCACAGCCACCAAUAACCUGCUGCUGCUUUAGGGACAACACUCACCAAAACCAAAAGGAGUGACAGCAAUUACACAAAGACUUUUUUUUAAAAACACCCAAGUCAGCUGUAAAAAACACAUGUGCUUUCAGGAAGAGAAGCCCAACUCAGAGGACCUGUUCCCAAGAGCUGUGCAAGGCAUUAAGCCUGUCUGUUCUGCUAUCAGAGGGGGUACAUUCCCCCAUGCAUCACACUGGCUGUUUGACACAUUUUGAAUUUCAAACAACCAAAAAAAAAAGACUGGUAGAAACUUGAUGCUAUUGAAAUUGAAUUAGAGGCUACUUUGAAACCCCAGGAGCCUGAUUCUGAUCUCGCUCAUGCUAGUGUAAAAUCUGGAGUCACUCCAUUAAAAACAGUGGAGUUGCACUGCUGCAAAAUUGGUGGAAGUGAGAUUAGAAACAGAUCCUGCAUGUUCAGAGCUAAAAAACAGUGGACCUAUUUCUCUGGAUUCCUCACAGUGAGUGACAAUGGGGGGGGGGGGGAGCAUGAGUCUUUUGCUCACCUGGCAAGAUGUGGGUUUUAUAGAUAUAGAAAUAGAUAUAAUCCACGCCUUGCCAGGUGAGCAAUAGACACAAGCUUUUUCUUUAUAUAUUUUUUAUAUAUCUAUAUUGUUUGUGAUGGUGUUGAAGCCGUGCAUCACUCUAAGGCCUUGGCUUCCUCCCACCUUCUUCGUCACUGUCGCUGACAUUUCAGAUUUUUCUUUUCACUAUUUUUCUUUUUUCUGGGGGCCUUUCCGUUGAAGUGGGUGGGAGACACGAGUGCCUGUUUGUCCCUAAAUCUGCAAGUUCAUUUCAAAACUGGCCUGCAAUUGCAUGAGUGAUAAUAAUAAUAAACAGGAUUUUUAUUUGAAAAGCACCUUACCAACCAACUGCAAUGCUCUGUCGUUCCUUCACUAACUCCCCUUUCCUCUUCCCCUGUUCCUCUUCUCCCCUUCGCCCCUUUCAAUCAUAUUCUUUUUCAGUGCUUGGUGGUGUAUGCGUGUGUGCUCACUGUUCUUGUAUUCAAUAAAAGUGAAAUAAAUGUGUUUGAUGCUCAACCA